AGUGGUUCUACCUUCACAAACUACCAAACCACGACUACAGAAAUAAGUUCUGGCGACGUUUUCAGUCGGGCUUUGGAUCCAUAUCCACACUAUGUAGGAAAUAUUCCACGCCGCAUCAACUAUGAAUGUUGGCGAAAUUAUCAACACUGUUGGACAUGGUUUGAUUCUACUAAUGAUUUGUUGUUGUUCAAGUAUUGCUGCUGAUUACCAGCAUCGAAGAAAAAACAGAACUUGUAUUCCUGCCGAAGCUGAGCCAACACUCAACUCAAGUUCCUGUUUUCCUUUGGUGAAUUUCACUCGGCCUUUUUGUAAAAAUCACGGAAUCAUUUUAUCAAACUACGUUUUUCGAACUCCUUCUCGACAAAAUACGAAAAACAACGAACUAAACCGAGUCCAAGACACUCUCGAGAGGCUUGGGGAGUUAAAAAUAAGUCUUUAUUCGAAGAUUAGCGUUACCAAAGUGCGAAUAUGCAUUCCAAUCCUAAAUAUAUACCUUUGUCAUUUAUUUUUUCCGAGUUGUGACAGAACGCAAAGUGUUUAUAAAGAGAAGGCAGCUUGUCGUGAAACACGCGUUAACGUGUACCACUUAUGUGACUAUGUAAGCAUCAGGGAGACUUUUAAAAAGUAUUUUUCAAUUCGGUGGUCGGGUGCGACACCAGAAAGAAAAAAAUUCAUACUUGGAGAUCUACAACCAGUCCGAAAUGCGGGUGACUCGCCAGAAUGCUGGUACACUGAAUUCAGAAACACAACAGAUAGACUCACAAUAGUAGGAACAAGUGCAAAUAUAGUUGACGGUAAUUAUGGGAAUUGGUCAUUAAAAGAUAAGUGUAAUGUGAGUUGCGGCGAAGGUUUUGAAACAUGGCAACGAGAUUGUGACAAACCUAAGCCAAAGUUUGGCGGAAAAUAUUGCAGUGAAAUCGGAGAGUCAGUUGAAUACAGAUCCUGUUUGGCUGAACCCUGUCCAG